GCCAUUUCAAGAGUUUGGAGUUUGUUUGACAUUUGGAACAAGUUGAAUUUGCAGUUGAACUCCUACUUGAGCAUUCAGACUGCGUUGCAGGUAAUGCAGCACACAGUGCACGUUUUAGUCACUCAGUGCCACUUCAGCGUGCGUCUUUGUAAGCGUGCUGUGUGCUUUGCAGGUGAACAGACGUGGAGAGCACUUGCUGUGGACCUGGUUAUUUUAAACAGCAGUCCAUAGGGAAGAGGAAAGCACUGUGAAGGUUUCUCAGGAUAACAUUAUUUAUUUUUUAUUGUUGCAUUUUGAUAUAUUUUCGACAGUUCAAAUCAUUUAAAUCCUAAUAGGUCAUCAAGCUCAGUAAGCCUAUGGAGAAAGAAUUAGGAGAGGAUUCCAGGGCAGAGUACCAUAGACCUUCUAGGAGAGAAAAUUCACUGCCUGUCGCAUUGUAUUAUUUCAGUCUUUUUUUCUGUCUCAGCUGUCUUUAUUCCAUUGCAAUAAUGAUAUCCUUAUGGAUUUCUCAGUGUAUUUCUUCAUAAGUUGCUGUUGGUCUUUUUUUGUUUGUUUUUAAAUUAUUUUUCUCAUAGUUACUAAGGGCUGUGAGUUGGUUGUUUUGGGUUUGUUUUCGGUUGUUUUUUCAAUCAGAUGUUAGUGAAGGUGAAGAUAUUAUCUGUGUAUUUCUGGUGUUAAAGAUAGGGCAUUGAAUUUAGAGAAAAGAACAUUGCUUCCCACAUUGGUACAGAAGUUAACUUAUUUAACUCGUGCAUGGUUGCCUUUUGUGCCCAGGUGUGAGAACCAGGCAUCUUUUGUGCCUGUCCCAUAAAAUCAUAGUGGUGUUUCAUGUUUUGAACCCUUUGGUUUUAGGAAGACUUUCUUAAUGUUGAUAUUAAUUGCCAGCACAUAUGGAUAGGUCUGAGCUGGGAAGUUUUCAAGCAUUACUGAGCAAGAUAGAUGGGAGCUACCAACAGUUCUGGUAGUAGGGAUGUGUGAAAACUCUAGGCUUCCUUACUGUGUUGUUUGUCAUCUGGCAGUGUUUUCAUCUGCUUGGAGCUACCAUGAAUGUUAAUUUAGUACAAUGCAGGACCUUGCUGCUGCACUGAAAUGAUGGUGUGAAAUGCUAAGCAGUGCUGAAAGCAGUGUGUGUUAAAGUGCAGCAUCUGUGAAUGCUGAGCUGCCCUUCUGGGACGCUGUGCAAAAUGAUGUAACUGAGUGAAAAGGCUCUGCAGGAAUAAAUCUCAUCUUCUCCCUUGUUGUAGCUCAGUGUCACCACAGCAGAACUUUCAUGAGGCUUGUGUAUGAAGCUUACUUCACUGCGUGGUUGGAUUGUGUUGUAUGGAAAAGGGUUUUGACUGUAACAGCUACAGAUACUGAGGUUUUAUUUUGCUGUCCUGAGCCUGUGCUUCAGCACUGCUACAAAGAGGGAACACUUAAGGAAGCUUUGAAUGUUUCUGGGGAUUCCAACAGGAAAAUUUUCUUGCUCUUGUGUCUGGGGAGCUCCUCAGGAUGGCAAGUAAAGGACCUACAACUUCUGCAUCAACAAAGAGCUCCAGUGCUGGAGGGACCAGUGGCAGCAGCAGCAGUAAUGGUGCUGGGGACAACACUAAUCAGGACAACACUUUUGAGUGCAACAUCUGUUUAGACACUGCCAAGGAUGCAGUUAUCAGCUUGUGUGGACAUCUCUUCUGCUGGCCUUGUUUACACCAGUGGUUAGAAACCAGGCCAAACAGACAAGUGUGCCCUGUCUGCAAAGCAGGAAUCAGUCGAGAUAAAGUUAUUCCUCUGUAUGGAAGAGGCAGCACUGGACAACAGGACCCCAGAGAGAAAACUCCACCACGACCCCAAGGACAGAGACCUGAACCAGAGAACAGAGGGGGGUUCCAAGGCUUUGGGUUUGGAGAUGGUGGCUUCCAAAUGUCAUUUGGAAUCGGGGCGUUUCCCUUUGGUAUAUUUGCCACAGCAUUCAACAUAAAUGAUGGGCGACCUCCUCCAGCUGUUCCAGGGACUCCUCAAUAUGUGGAUGAGCAGUUCCUAUCCCGCCUCUUCCUGUUUGUGGCUCUGGUGAUUAUGUUCUGGCUGUUGAUUGCAUAAAUCGUUUCCAUUAUUCUGAAUACUCAUAGCCAGAAAGGCUACUGAAACAGUUACAAACUGCUUCCCAUCCCAUUUUAAACCUCCUGGUGUCUGGUUCCGUAGCUAAUGACGGGUUUCAGAAAUUGGUGGUACUACAGCACAGUGAAGAAUCUCACAUUUUUGCACUACAGUUGGAAAUUAAACAUUGGUUAAAACGUAUUUCAGCUCGGCUGUCUAGUACAACAGGUUCUGACCACAAACCCUGGGCCUAGCUUUGAGCUCUGCUCCUAAAAGGAGUGCUGCUUUGAAAUCCUGUGCCAAUCAGUUACAAUAGGUUUAUGUGAAAGACAGUUACCCCAAGGUAGACCUGGACAGGUAAGGAAACUUCUGCAGCGCCAUCAGUAUCUCAUGCUUGGCAAACACGGUGGAUCUGCCAGCGCUGUGGGUGCUACUCAGUUUCUUCAAUCAACAUCCAGCCUUCUUCAGGAAAUCAUCUUCAGCACGGCUGAGACUCCUUGGGCACAGCAUGUGAUACAAACGGAACCAGGUGUGGGGACUGGUUUCUUUUCUUGCUGUUGUUUCCCACAGCAAUGGAAAACUCCUGCCUGAUGUGGUUAGAAGAGCUACUAAUUUAUGCUGCAAAUUUUUUAAAGCCUAAAGUUGCUGGAGCCAGACACUGGAAGAUUCUGUGAUGAAGCUGGGUGAGGUUAUCGAGCAGUAGGACUUGCCUAUCUGCCUCACCCAGCCCAGUUCCUCACUGACAUAACAGUGUUGCCUUCCGUGGUUCUGUGCAGCAGCACUUAAGGAUAAUCCCCUCCCAUCCCUGCCACUGCAGCUACAUUUCUUUCUCCCAGGGCUGUGAGACUUUCUACACAAGAUUGCAAAUAAAAUCCUAUUAACAACCCUGAAGUUUGGGGACAGAAAGGAGGGCAUCUUCAAGUGAGAUUAGAGCUUAAAAAUGGCAUACUGUAAAAUCGCGUGGGAGGAAAAAUGAGAUCCUGCACAUGCCACAGCAGGGAACACUUGGAAGAGCUUCUCUGUGCAGCCACGCAUGGCUACAAGAUGGCACGGAACGGCUACAGUGCAAGUCUCGUCAAUAUCUACCAAAGACAUGAAUUAGAAGUGCUGGAGGAGACCACGACCAUCUCUGUGCCAAGGGGAAAAUAUUUCCGAAGGUGAAAUGUAGCCUGUUUGGAAUCACGUUGGGUGUACAGCUUUAAAAGUAUUCCUGAUAUAUUUGUGUAGAUUCCUUCAGAAGAGCAGACACGAGGGAUUUCCUAAUGAGAUGAACAAUUUUGAUAUUUCUCUGACUAGACAACUCCAUUUCCUUUUUUUCUUCUAUUGUUUUUAGAUCGUUUUGAUUCAGAUCACUGCUAGUCACGAUGAUUUCCUGCGAGAUGAAUAUUGUGACUUCCCUCAUCAUAGACGUACAAACUGACAGAGCAAAUCAAGUCUUAGAAACUGUUUCCAUAGUUAAGCUCGUUAACGUGUAUGGUUAAAGUUGCUGGGCAGGGCACCUCGAUUAACUGUAGUGGGUUAUUUGUGUAAGUGUAAGACGUGACUCCGGGCAGUGGCAGCGUUCCGUGCCUCCCUGCAGCGCCCUGGGAGCCGUGCUGGAUGGAGGCGCGGACGGUUCUUCUCAGCUCUUCUCUGGCCGUCGCGGGGCGGAAGCUCUGGAGGUGUCACGCCGUGUUUGUAUCCUAUCGCUCCCCUC